UGCGAACUUGCUCCUCCUUUCUUUCUUCAGUUACUUCCCUUUUGCUUCUCCUCGUUUUGUUCUCCUACUGGAUUGUUGUUCAUUUUCUUGAAUACAAUUUAACCCUCUGUUCUUUUCGUUGAGUAACUUUCUUGAGAGUUUGAGUGCCUAUAGCCUCCCCCACCUCCUCCGCCUCCUGCUUAUUCUUGGUAUCCACCACCACCACCACCACCACCACCUCCGCCUCCUUAGUAUUCUAUGAAUCCACCUCCACCACCGCCGCCUUCCGGGAGGCCUCCUCUCCCUCCGCGACCUCCUUCAUCAGUUGCUCCAAUGCACCAACGUUAUGAAAGCAGGGCUGGUGCAGAGAAAAGGCGAAAUUCUGGUUGGCGUGAAUCAGGGCAUGGUAACGAGGCUGUGCGAUCUAAACAGCCAGCACAUUCUCUUCCUCCGUUGCCAGUGAAAAAAGGCAAUGCACCUUCUUCUUCUUCUUCUUCAGGGAGGGUUGAGACUGAGGAAGAGAGGAGGUUAAGGAAGAAGAGAGAAUUAGAAAAGAAGCAAAAAUUAAGGGAAUCACAGAAUAGGAUUCUGCAGAAAACCCAAAAGUUAGCUUCUGGUAUGAAGGGUGAUGGAUCAACUAGCACACCACAUACAUCUCACAGAAGAAUUGCUCCUUUGACAGAAAAUCCGUUGAAGAAGCCAACACAUUUUCAUGGCAAGUUGAUAUUCAGAAAUGAAUUACCAGAUCCGUCAGCGCAGCUAAAGAUUUUGUCUUUAAGAAAAGAUCCUGAUCGCUUUACAAAAUACGCAACUACCUCAUUGGAGAAAAUGCACAAGCCUGAACUAUAUGUUGAACCAGACCUUGGAAUUCCGCUUGACCUUCUUGAUCUCAGCGUAUACAAUCCUCCCAAGGGUGUAAAGAUACCACUUGCUCCAGAAGAUGAAGAGUUGUUGCGUGAUGACGAUCCUAUAACCCCCAUCAAGAAAGUUGGAAUUAAAAAGAAGGAAAGGCCAACUGAUGAAGGUGUUUCUUGGUUGACGAAAACAGAAUACAUCUCUCCUCUUACAUCGGAGUCGGCAAAACAGCCUCUGACUGAAAAGCAAGCUAAAGAAUUGCGAGAAAGAAGAGGUGGCCGCAACAUCUUGGAGGAUCUUAACGAUAGAAAUAUGCAAAUCCAGGAGAUUGAGGCUUCUUUUGAGGCGUGCAAGUCGAGACCUGUCCAUCCGACCAAUCGCGAAUUGCGGCCUGUCAAGGUCCAGCCACUGUUUCCCGACUUUGAUCGGUAUAAAGACCAGUUUGUGCUUGCGAAUUUCGAUGGUGCUCCAACUGCUGAUUCAGAAGACUACAACAAGUUGGACAAAACUCUUCGUGAUGCAUAUGAAUCACAGGUUAUUAUGAAAUGCUUUGAGGCUACAAGCUCAGAUGCAGAUAAACCUGGCAAGUUUCUAGCAUAUAUGGUCCCUGCGCCAAAUGAGCUAUCGAAGGAUAUGUAUGAUGAAAAUGAGGAUAUCUCAUACUCUAAGAUUCGGGAGUAUCACUGGGAUGUACGAGGUGAUGGUGCAGAUGAUCCUACUACAUAUGCUGUGGCGUUUGGUGAUACAGAGGCCCAUUACAUGCCUGUUCCAACGAAGCUUGUGUUGAAAAGAAAGAGAGGUAAAGAGGGAAAAUCAAAUGAUGAAGGUGAGCAUUUCCCAGUUGCCGCGAGAGUUACAGUAAGGAAGAACCAGCAUAUACUGCCAUUUAAGAAGAAGAGGUUAUACAAAAGCUUUGAAGGGGGAGUGUUUUCAGGUCAAUGAGAACAAGAAUCCAUGAUGAAAAAGAAUUUGCAUGAUGGCGAUCAAGUUCAAUCUUGUGGUGGCGAGUAUGAUGUGUGAUCGACUCCUUCUCAUUUAUUUAGCUGAUCAGAUUAUUUUUCAGAAAGCUAAAAGAAAGAGAGAAAGGGGUAUGUACAUGAGAGAAGUUGCAUAAGUAAACAAUGCUAUGUAGUAUGUACCAUAUAGGAAUUUUGCUCUUUGGAAAGAUUGAACUUUUUCUAGUAAUUUGCAUAUUCUGUGA